UUUUACAAUUAUAUGUAAAAAAAACAACAACAUUUGAAUUCAACAAAGUGCAUUUGAAUAUAACCAACAAAAAGUAAAUAUGAUGCAUUUUUUGUUAUAAACGUCAGAAAAUAUAUCAAAGCUCUGAAAAAAAUGUGAAAAAUCAAAAAAAUUGUUAGAUUUAGAAAUAUAAUAUCCAAAUUGUCCAAUCAUCUCUUCUGCUCUCAUUCUGCGAUGUGGUUCAUGGAUUUGAUCCACAAAUGAAGAAAUAUCAACUUCAUUGAAUCCUUUUGUUUAUGCACCACACUUAUGUAAAACAAGAUUAAAAUGAAACAAAAUGCAUACAGAUGUUAUCACACAAUGAAAAAUUAUAAUUUUUUUGUCAUAAAUAACUGAAAACAUUAAAAUAGCAGUGAAAAAGACCAUUAAAUAAUUAAAAUAAAGCUCUGACAUUAGAAAUGUAAUAGAUAAAUAUCCAAAUUGUCCAAUAAUCUCUUUUGUACUCAUGCUGCGUUGGAUAUUAGGCACAAUUUAAGGGAUUACAACAUAAGUUUAACUUCUUUGGUUGUUUGUGAAUAAGAACGAAACAACAAAAAAAUUGAUCCAUCAGCAGAAAAGCAUCUCACUACCGCCCUCUAGAGGAGCCCCGGCUAAACUGCAUCAUGUGGUCGAGGCGCGCUCCGGGGCGCUCACUCUCGCUCCGCUGUGCCACCGGCGCCGCUCCUCUCUAUAGUCUCCCCAUCCUCUCAAUUAAUCAAAUUCCCACAUUUUAUACUAAAAAAUGAAUCCAAACACUUUCCUGGGGGUUGUUGGAGCUUUAAAACAAACUGCGCUCCAUCUUUGUUCGGACUCCUUUUUUCAUUUUUACAACAAGUUGUCAUGUCGUCUGUGACCGGGAGAGGAGAGAGCUUUCCUGCCUCCAUCCGGGCUGUUCUGGUGAGUCCCAUUUAUUUAUUAGAAAUAUAGCUCUAUUUUUAAGGACCUUUAAAUGUAUCUGCGUGUGGAGAGGAGAAAAAAAAGAAGCUUCGGGGUGUGGUUGGCCGAUAAUUUCCAAUUAUAUUUGUGGCCCCAGAACUCAGAGGCGCGCGAGCCCGUCGGUUUUACCGGGAGGAGUACCGGAGGAGACUGCCGAGUCAAGGAGCGCCCCACUCCCGAGGGCGCCGGAGGCUCCAGGGGAAGCGCAAACAUGUGCCAGAGAACCGAAGAUACCCCGUCCUCCAGGUGCCUCCAAGUCGGGGAGCGCUUUAGGAUGCCCUUCAGCGGCGGGACCCUCCGGAGAGCCCACCCCGGGGGCGGCCAACUGGGGGGGUCCGAUCGCAAAGUUGCGGGAUGUGAUAAAUGCUCGGCGACCCUCGUGGGUCUGAAGAAGCAAGCCCUGAGUCUGGCUGUCCACCAUCGCUUCUCCUGCAAGGAAACAAGCCCCCUGGCAACAUUUCUUCAUGCCAACCUCCGUAUUCACGGACGUGCCAACACAGAGUCCUGGGACAGAGACAAGGAGCAGGGUCAGUGUGGAGCUUGUGGUGCGAACACGAACCUCCUCAAGCAGGAGGCCAUCCACCUGGCUCUGAGUCGCAGUCAGUCGUUAGCCAAGCCCUAUCAUGAGGCAAGCCUCAGCAGCUCUGGCACAACUGUGGGACAAAGUGAGACAAAGCACUGGGACGGGGCUUCAAAGGAGCCUCUGCACCAACAAUACAGCCGAACACACAGUUCCCAAAGCCUACAAAAGCCCAAGACGCCUCAGGGGACGCCUCAAACCCUCAGAAGACUUGGAGCCAAGCUACCCAACCCCAACAUGGAGCGCUGGGUGGAGGAGCAACAGCAGCUGCUGGCUUCCAAAUCCGCAGAUGGUGUCACAUCAAAUUCUUGCCAUAAGGUUGCAGAUGAUUCUACACUGAGCUGCAUUAAUGAUGGGGUUUUACAGACCAGCUCCAGGAUCCAGAACAUCUCCAGAGUGGUGACCAUUGCUAACACUGCAGCCAUGUCUUUUCUGGCCAGGGCGGCCGAGAAGCUCAACCUGACACUGAGAAAAAAGAACCAAGCCUCCGAUCCAGCUCCCUCCAAUGCCUCCACCUGCUUCAGAGAGAUCAUCCAGAAAAACCCACCGCCCGUCCCCACCUGCCUGCUCCAAGCUGCUGCUCGGACCAAAGACUCACCCGAUGUUGGCAAGGUCAAAGUUGUGCUGAGGGUGAGCAGGAUGCUGUCGGACGGACAAUUCCAGCCACCUGUCCUCCGGAUUGACUCUUCCAGAAAAAGGGUCAUCGUAAUUGAACCGGCGUCCAAAAACCUGAGCCACAGCACGAUGACUCUUGGGAGAGAAAACAGGAAUCCACUCAAGACGUUCAGCUUUGAUGCUGCGUAUUCUCAAGAUUGCAGCCAGGCGGAUCUGUGCACAGGCGUCCUGGCUGAUGUCAUCCGCUGCGUGCUUAGCGGCAGCGAUGGAUGCGUUCUGGGUCUGGGAUGUGCUGAUGUGGGAUCCUGGUCCAGCAUGGUGGGGAGUGGUGAGAACAUCCAGAAGCUUGGCCUGAUCCCCUGUGCCAUCUCCUGGCUGUACAGUGCCAUCGAGCGGCGUAGAGAGAAGACCUGGACUGAGCUGACUGUGUCGGUGUCGGCCAUAGAGCUGUGCUGUGGAGAGGAGGACACGCUGAGGGACCUGCUGGGAGAGGUUGUCCCUUCAUCAGGCAGCACCCAGGACAGCCCAAAAGCCCAUGUUAGAGUACAAGAGGACCCAGUCUGUGGGAUACAGAUCCGCAACCACAACCGAGUGAAGGCCCCCACAGCAGAGCGGGCCGCUUCUCUGUUGGAUGCCGCCAUCGCAGCCCGGCGACACGCCGACUUUAUCACAUACCUUUGCCACAGCUCCAUAAUGUUCUUCACUCUCUAUGUGCAGCCGCCACGCACAGAGAGCAGCACCAUCGGAAAAGGUUCCCGGGGCCCCGCCAAACUUACCAUGAUUGAUGUUUGUAGUGGUAUGAGGGGAAUAAACAGGAAUAAACCUCCUCAUGCUGAACUGGGACAGAUUGUCGUGUCUCUACUCAGUGGACAUAAAACAGCCUCCAACAAGAGCAAUAAGCUAAACAUGCUCCUCAGGGAGUCUUUGGCUCACGCAAACUGCCACACGGCAGUGAUCGCUCAAGUGGCUGAUUCCCUGGCGCACCAUCAAGAGACGUUUUCCACCAUCCAUUUGGCCUCCCGUAUCCGCAGGACCCAGAAGAGGACAAAGCAAUCGACUUCCUGCUCUCCUUGUGGGAGGAGUCUGACCAAAGAACACAAGGCGCCUCGUUCAACCCUGCGAGCGUUUCACUCCACCGAUGAGGUCGAUGUUGAUAUCUGCCCUCUCCGUCUGCGCGGGGACCUGGACCGCUCCAGCAGUCACCACUCCUGUGACACGGUCAUCCAGAUAGACUCAGAUGGCUCUUUCUAUUCCAAAGGAGUCCCGAUGCCGGCACAACCUGAGUUUGUUCCCAUCAUACCUUCGCUGCACCCGAACAAGACUGAACUGGAUGACCCCGAGUUCACCGCUCUGCUGCAGGAGCUCCUCCGAAUCCCUCAGCUGCACGGCGGUAAAAAGGCAGAGGAAGUCGUGCAGAAGGACUUUGAGGCUCUGAAAGGAGAAAGGAAACAGCCUGAGAGGGAAUGUCUCAAAUGUGACACAUUUGCUGAACUUCAAAAGCGCCUGGGCUGCAUCGACGGAAGUGAGAUGUCGAUAGAUGCACUCAAGUCUUCCUUAAAAGCCGCUGCCUGCAACAACGUUUUGCCCAAAUCUGCGCACCAAAAAGAAACAUCGCCAGCACCGCUGCCCUCUUUGAAUCAUGGUGCUGGUGGUGGUCAGGUCUCUCCGGGAGCAAAGCAAACGGACGUUGGUCUGUCUGGAGAAAAUUUUCCCAGGGAGGACUCAGGUCUUUAUGACUGUGAGGAGUGUAGUGGAACCAGUUCCAGUGAGGAGCUGCUAAAUCAAACUCUGGGAAUGAACUCGAGCUGUUGUUCAGGCGCUGUCAGAACCAGCAAUCAUCUCUCAUCACAGGAAUCAAAUACUCAGGGCAAAUCUGCCACCACCCCCUCCACGCUUCAGUCUACAGAGAAACAGCUGGGGCCCGAAGCUGGUGACUGGUUUAAACCAGACAAAAGGGCUUCACCAGUUGGCAAGAGCUCCUCCAUUUCUCCUUCGUCCUCCUGUUUUUCUUCAAACUCUUUGACUAAAGGCGUCAUACUUGGAGAUGUCCUACCUAAUUCCACCACAGAUGAAAAUAAAGCAAUGAAGGCCACAAUCACAGUGACCGUUCAACAACCCCUGGAUCUGAAGGGCCAAGAUGAACUUGUCUUCUCCAUGGUGGAGGAGGUGACCAUUAAUGGAGCUUAUGGGAGAGGGAAAACGGCGGGGAAUGUUUUCUGCAUCCGAGACCCCGCCCUUUCCCGGGCAGAAAGCUCUUCCAGCACGAGUAAACCAAUUAGGAUUAUCAGUGAUGUGAGUGAGGAUUCUGCAACUGCGGAGUCUUCUGAGCUUCCAGCCACGGAUGCAAACAAUGAAAAGCUUGUAUACUUCAGGAGGGAAAAGGGAACCUUACCUUCGUUUCUAAACCCCAUGUUGAUGGAGGCAGAUUUGGACAACUCACAGGCUGUCAAAGACAAAAGAAGUCCAAACAAAAUGUCUGAUUCACAUUCUAAUCAUGUCAAAUGUCCACAGGUCGAUAAAAGUCAUGGAUCUAGUUCACCUGAGAUGCUUCCAAUCAACAAAGAUAAGGAAGACAAAGAUUUCUACAACUUGGAAAGCAAAAUGUGUGAAAAACGGCUAAAAAACACAGACACCAGCCAUGGAUCAGACUGCAAGCAUCUUUAUUCUACAAACAAUGGAAAGGUCUCUAAAGAGGGAGGUAUUGCUCGCAGGCAUGCUGGGAAAAUCCCCAAGAUAGCUGGUUUUUCACCUGGUUGCCAAGAAACCCUCAUUGGUUCCUCUGUAACAAGCAGUUUACCCAGAGACUGGCCCGGCGCCAACCCCCAGAACAACCACUCAAGGGGGGUGACAUCAUCCACUCCUUGCAGCCCAGGGGAAACUCUGGAGAGGGGGAAGGGCAGAAAGCGUCUUCCCUCAAACCAAAGCGUCCACGCCUCGUGUUCUCCAAAACAUGGCAGCAGAAAAGGUCAUGCAAAGCCAAAGUCCCCCAGUCAGGACAGCAGUAGGCUUUUUAAUACCAAACUUGAGUUGUUGGCCAGUAGGAAUAACUCUCUUGGAAAGGCUGAGAAGGACUUCUCAGCCCUGGAGAGACGUAGUAGUUCCAGGGAAAGUGUUGAAGGGGCCUGCAAAUCUGGUCACAAAGGUCAUUUUGAGGGAGAUUGUACCUUUCCGAGAGCCAGGAAAGACCCCCAUCCUGACCAAAGUUACAACUUCUUCCAUUCUGAAAGCUUUAUACCUCAGUCAGCUAAACAUGCUCAUUCCAAGCUCUCUGUCAUCGGAAAACCAAAGACGGCUAGCCCCAAAAUCCGCCGGCUGUCCUCCCCCAGCAUAAAAAAUCUCAGCCAAUCCCAGAAAAACCUGCACGAGGCUGUCAACCGCAGCGCUAGUCUGUCUCCAGAGGUCAAAACUGUCAGUUUUGAGCGGACGUCCUCAUUUUUCUCCUCAUCCCCUCCGCGAUCUCACCGCUCUGUCAGUCGGACACCAAGCCAGAGCUCAACAUGUUCGUCUUCAAAGUCUGUCAUCCAAGGAUUUGUCAACGGACGGAUUUCAGACCUCUUAAGGGAUAGGGUCUCCAGCCCCACAUCAGCAGGCCUGUGUCAAAUGCCCACCAUCACUUCUCCCUACAGCCAUGUGACAGCUCCGCGCUCGCCUGAUCAUCUGAGUGGGCACGCCAGUGACACCACCAGUGUCUUGAGUGGGGAUAUGCCGCCAGCGAUGGGGAAGACGUCGCUGCAUUUCUCCAACAGGAGCAGCUUUGUCAGCAGUGGGUAUGACAGCAUGGUAAGAGACAGUGAGGCCACAGGAAGCAGCACCUCCACCAGAGACUCCAUCAGUGACAGGAGCAACUCUCUCCCCGGUGGGGCUCGCAGCAGCCGCUCUUCUCGAAGACGAGGGAAUCCAGGUAGUCAUCAGCGCCACCCUUUGCACGACACGCCUCAGGCCAUGAAACGCUCGUCCAGCGGCGUUCGGUCUCGUUGGACAGAGAGGGGAAUUCCAGAGGCCUAUGACAUCAAGGUGUAUGAGAUCGAUGAUGUACAGAGGAUGCAGAAAAGAGCAGGGUCCCGGAUGCUUCAGCGCCAAGUUGAAGUUUUUGGAGCAUCGUCAGCAGAGGAUCUCAGAGGUCUGAAAGAAAUACAAAUACCUGAGGAAAGAGCUGGAACAGGCCAAAUGCAGCUUCAUGCUGGAGGCUGCAAAAUUCGACAUGUGGCAAACUUUCAAGGUGGACUCCCUGGAGCACCUGGAGGCCCUUGAAAAGCUGACUUCUCGGCUGGAGAACAGGGUCAAUGUCUGCAAGGCCAAUGUCAUGCUGGCCACUUGUUUUGAUGCUUGCAGUAGGAGGCGACUAAAGAAGAGACUGCAAAAGGUGCAAAAAGCACGGAAAGAAUUUUAAGUGUGUGUUCUUUGCAUUUGUAUUUGAAACUGUACCUCUUACACUUAUUUAUAUGUUAAAAACACACUUUGUUCUUUUAAUUUUUUGUCUGAUCGCUUUAAAUAAGUAAGCGAUGAGUUCCAUGUCCUUGUACAGUUGAAUCUUUACUGUUUUGUAAAAGAGGUCAUCCUCUCUUUAAUGACUCUUUUUCCUCUUUGAGGCAUGAACUAGAAUUGUCUCACCAAGCUGAGGCCUUGUUGAAAACAGCCUUCAAAAACACUUAAAGGCGUCCACGACAACCUUAAAUAAAAACCCUUUAAUCUUUU